UCUUUUCUGCCGGGAGCAAACCUCUUUCUCUUCCGGUUGUCGUCUGUUCGUGUGGCAGAUUAACUAGUGUCGAAAUGGCAAAGUCCAAGAACCACACCACCCACAACCAGUCCCGUAAAGCCCACAGGAAUGGCAUCCACAAGCCCACAUCUCAGCGCUACGAGUCUCUGAAGGGGGUGGACCCUAAAUUCCUGAGGAACAUGCGCUUUGCCAAGAAGCACAACAAGAAGGGCAUGAAGGCAGCGCAGAAGAAGGCAGCACCUCAGGCGGCAGCACCUUGAGUGAAAUGAUCUGUCCUCCGGUCACUUCCCUGUCUGCCUAUGUUCAUGUUUCCACCAUCACAAUAAAGCUAUGCUUUGUUAACAAACCAA